AUGCAUCAACCUCCUCAACCACCACCUCAUCACGAGGAUCAAGAGGAUGAUCAUCACCACCAACACGGAGGAGAAAAUACUACCUCGUCAUCAUCCGAUCAAGAGGAAAAUUCAAUAGAAACACCCUCUACUUUAGAUCAACCAUCGGAACCUGCUCUCACCGAGGAAGAACAUCAAAUUAUUUACAACACGACAAGUCUUGUGUUGCGGGCAAUUGAUUUGAAGUAUCGUGUUUUAAAUUUAUCUAAUUCUCAGAUCAGUGAUAAGAUUAUGAAUAAUAUUCAAGAAAUUUUGAAUGGAUUUGUUAGGAUUGAAUCAUUGACUGCAAUUUGGGAAUUAAAUCUAUCACAAAAUUCAAUUUCAAUAUUGCCGAGUUGUUUAAACAUGUUUACGAGAGUAGAACGUGUUUUUUUGAAUGAAAAUCAAUUAUCAAGCAUUACGGAAGAUGAAAUUUUGACGAAAUUGGUGAAUUGUAAAAUAAUAUCUUUUUCCAACAACAUGCUAACGAGCUUUCCCAUUGCCAAUCCUUUUCCAAAAUAUUCUCUUACUAAAUUAAUUCUUUCAAACAACCAGUUGCAAUACCUACCUAAAUAUAUUGGAGAGUGCGUCAAUUUGGUUGAAAUUGAUGUAUCUCACAACAACUUGAAGAUCAUUCCAAAAGAAAUUGAUAAUUGCAAAAAACUAAUGAGAUUAUUCUUAGAUCACAACCCUCUAAUAUGUUUGCCAUAUGAGUUGAGAAAUCUUUUGAAAUUGAGAACUUUCAGAUGUGAUUCAUUCAACAUUGAAGAGCGAAAAAGAUUUUACCAGAAAAUGUACAUUACACACAACAGCACAUUAUUAGAAUUUGCUAAACGAUUUAUUGUAAACUCAGAUCAUCAAUUAUGUCAUGGAAAAUGUUGUCAUACUCACGAAGAGGAGUCUUCUCCAAUGCUUGAUCUAAAUGACAUGGAUUUGAGUGAUGAUCACCAUACAGGAGCUCUCACAGUUUCUUCAUCGACAAGUGCUCCUUCCCAUUACAAAACAACAAGUAGUGAAUUUUCUUCUGCUCAGGAUUUUAAAUUGAAUUUCGAUCUAUUGAAAGCUCAGUACAAAUCCUCCAUUCCCAAACAUUUGGCAGAAGACCUUAUGGAUCACACAAGAAUGAAUUGUUGUUCUACUUGUCAUCGAUUCAUGUCUCAAAACACAGGCAUUAAUUUUAUUGCAUUAUCAACGCUUCCAACGAGGAGCAAACAUCAAAUCGAUCAAAUACCUUUGUUUUGUAGAGCUUGUUGCAAUGAAUGCUUUUCUAACUUUCCAAACAAAAUUGUAUGA